CGGAGGUAGUGCUCCCCCGGGGGAAAUUGGCCGUUUCCUGGGCGGUGUCCUUAGGGUUUGGGGUAGUUUGAGUCCGUGGCGGGCUACGGGUCGAUACGGGGCCGGUGCCAUCUCUGCAGGAGGGGACCCCGAGGUCUCAGGAACAGGAUUUUAGCUGACCUGGGACUCCCCAGUGUUCAGCGCUUUCCCCAAACCCGGAUACCGGUUAUUUGGACUCUUUGCCUCAGACCCAGAAUUCACAGAUGCCAGGAAGUAUGGCCCCCCUUAAGAAACCUCAGAAUACCAAAAAGUUGCCUUUGGCUUUAAACCCCCUGAAGAGCAAGGACGUGUUGGCAGUGCUGGCUGAGAGGAACCAGGCUAUAGUACCAGUUGGGGCAUGGGUGGAGCCUGCGUCGCCAGGUAGUUCGGAAAUCCCAGCAUAUACUUCAGCAUAUGUGAUUGAAGAAGAACUAAAGGAACAGCUAAGAAAAAAACAAGAAGCUCUGAAGCGUUUUCAGAGACAAGUUAAACACCGAGUAAACCAACAAAUCAGACUGCGAAAAAAGCAGCAAUGGCAGAGGUCUUCUGCAGCAGCAGGAAAAGAAGGCUCUAUAGCUCUGCAGUCUUCAGAUCCAGCACACCGCACUCCUAAAAGAGCAGGUGUUCUUCCAAACAAUUUGAAGGCUGCUAUUGAAAAUGCCAGAUUACCUCCUUCCCAGAUGCUUGGGGGUGAAAUAGAAGAUAGAGAGAAUCAGGAUGAAUUAUUACAACAGCAAGCCCAGGCUCUUAGUCAAACCCUGAAACAGGCACGUCAACAGCUGGCAGCCUUUAAAACCGUGAGUGAAAUGAACGCAGCAGUGUUUCCGGAUGAUAGAAGGAAAAACUUUUCCACCCAAGAGGUGUCUGACUCUGAGGAAUCCUCUUCUGUUACGACAGAGGAGAAAGGGAGAAUGAAUUUGUUUUCAGGGAACCAGCAGGAUCCCCUUUCUGAAGAUAAAGACAAGCCUCUCAGCAGAGUUCAGAAAGUACAAUUCAAAAAUCCUUUAUUUGCUGUGACGAAAGAAGAAGAACUAAAGCAGUUACAUCUUCAGGGCCAUCAGGAGUUCCUGCCAGAAACCCAGGAUCAUCUUCCAGAAGCCCAAGGUGAUCUGUUGGAAACCCAGGGUGGUUUCACUGGAGUCCAGAGUGUUGAGCCAAGGCUCAGUACCCAGACUGUUGAGCUGGAAGGCCAAGCCAUUGAGCAGGAAGCCCAGGUUGUUAAGACAGAAACUCAGGGUAUUUUGCUGGAAGCCCAGAGUCCUGAACUAGAAGAUGGGAGUAUUGUGUUGGAUUUUCUACCCAAAGACCAGACUAUUCAAGUGAAAUGUCAGGAUCAGGAUAUUCUACCCAAAGACCAGAAUAUUCUACCCAAAUGUGUACUGAAAAACCAGCACCAGGAUUUUCUACCCAAAGACGAGCUUAUUCUCUCCAAAGACCAGAAUGUUCUACCCAAAGGCCAAGAUCAUCAUUUUCUACCCCAAGAUCAGUGUGUUCUCCCCAAAGACCAGAAUAUUCUACUCAAAUAUCAGGACCAGGAUUUUCUACCCAGAGAUGAGAAAGUGUACUUCAAGAAGCCUUAUUCUGGUAUGACCAAUGAGAAAGGGAGAGAAGACUUUUCUCUGGCAGGUUGUCAGUAUCCACCUCCUAAACUCCAGGACCAGGCUUUCAUCAGAGAUCAGAACAAGUAUAUUAAGCAAUUCUCAUCUUUAGAGAAAUGGGCGGUCAAAAGAGAAAUUGCUUCUGGAGUGCCAUCGAACAUAUACUUGAGGCAGCAGCCAUUUGUUGAGACAACUGAAAGAUGGCAAGAGGAAUUGCAUCUGGAUGGCCAUCGGCAUCUUCCUCCCAAGCACCAGAGAGGGGCUUCUAGCAGAAGACAGGUUUAUGAUGAAUAUCAGUCAGGAUUGAACACUGGGUUCCCACUGGCACUUCAGUCUGGGGUAGAUCAAGAAGAGAAGAAGAAAGAGCGUCAAAAGCAGUACCUCAGGUAUAGACGACUUUUCAUGGAUAUUGAAAGAGAACAGGUGAGAGAACAACAAAGGCAAAAAGAACAUAGGAAGAAAAUUGACAAGUCUGAGAGUGAUUCUGCAUUUAUUCUGCCAACAUUAACUUGGCAUCUUCCAUAUACUGGCACUGUCCUAGGCACAGGUAAUACAAAGAAAAAUACAAUGUAAUUCUUUUACUUGAAGAACCUUAUAAUCUAUGGUGGAUGGGGGAACAAUUGCAUGCAAACAAGUAAUAUAAUUAUUAUAAUAGAACCAAUAGGUAUAGAAUCUCUGGGAACACAGAAGAAGGUUUAUUGAUUCCCUCUGGAGAACAGAUAAAUUAUUACAUUUCAUUUGGGCCUAGAUGGAUAAGUGUGCUGGAGAAGCAGAUAAGGAUGGUGAAGUAGAGGAAUCAAAACUGAGUUAGGAUGGAAGGAAAUAAUAAUUUUAAUGUAGAGUUUCAUAAUUUACAAUGGCUUUCAUAUAUUACCUUGUUUAGUACUCCUUAUCAAUAAAUCAUUUAUGGAGAGGCUACCACAUGCCAGACACUGUAAUAUAUGGUGAGAACAUAAAAUUUGAAUGUGUGGCAGGAGAGUGGUUCAUAGCACAGGUUUAGAAGCAAAUAGUCUUAGGACUGAAUUGGACACUUACUAGCUGUGUAACCUCAAACACGUUCCUAUACCUCUGAGGCUCAAUAUCCUUAAUUAUAAAAUGAGGAUUAUAAUGCCAUCUUCUAGGUUGUUGAUAACAUUAAAUGGAGAUAUAUAUGUAAAGUAUUUAAUAUUGUAUCUGGCAUUUAAUAAAAUGACAGUAAAUAGUAGCUAUUACUUCCGUGGUAGUGAUGGUGAUGAUGGUAAAUAGGAUGAGCACCAAGAGAGGCCAGACAAAAAGGCAAAUGAAAAAAAUAAUGCUACAUGAAAAGUGAGGCAGGAAUGGUCUACGGAGGUCAAGAAAGGCUUUAUAGAUGAGUUAAUACUCAAAGUGGGUCUUGAAGGGUGAAUUGGAAUUUUCUGGAUGGUCAAGGAACUUGUAUGAAUGUAUAAGGUAUGUCUGGGAAACAAGGUGAAAACUUAGGGUUGCUAAACUGGUGGGAAUGAAGUGGCAAAGGGGUAUAACAAAGCUGUUGAAAUAUUUUAAGGCAUAAGUCUUAUGAUCUGAUUUGUGUUUUAGAAAGAUUACUCAGCAGAAUACAGAAUGGUCUGAAAGGGACAGAAAACUAAGGCAAAGGGUUUAGUUAAAAAGUUAUUGUAGUAGUUGAGGUAGGAGGUGAGGAGGACAUUGGGAACAGAGAGGCAUAUAUUUAAUAAAAUUAAAGAAGUAAAAUCCAUAGGACGUAAUGAUCAAUUGGGUUUGGUGUUGAGAAAGGAGUCAAGGGUAAUUUCUAAUGUUCUUGGAAAACUGAAUGAGUGGUAAUACCAUUAACAUAGAUGGGAAAUGCCUAAAAAAAACAGAGUUGGCAGAAUGCUAGUGAGUUCAGUUUUGGACAUUGAGUUCGAGAAGCCUGUGGACUAUUAAGGGAAGGCUGACAUACACACAUUUGGAAAUAAGGAACUAGAUUUCUUGGAACAAUGGGAGCAAAGACUUCUUUAGGAAUUUUCAGUAUGAAUAUGGACCAAUCACAGGGCUACCUCUUGGGGACAGAGAAUUAAGCAGAGCUUUUGUUGGUGUUCAGGAACUGAAUUAACAAAAUUGAAGACUUGAGGGGUCUCAAAAAGUUUAUUAGUUUUCUUCUCAAGAUAUUUGCCAAAGUCUAAAUUUGUGUAGGAAAGAAAGCUGAAGGGCUAAGUUGAAAACUUCUGGGAAGCAGAAAUGUUCUAUAGUCUUGUGGUGCUGAGGAGAUGCAGAGUUCAGGACCCACCGAGGUGAGGCAGUGGAGCAAGGAUCCAAGGAAUAUACCAGGCUUUCAGUUGAAAGCUUUGGAGAGUUAUAUUCCAAGAAGAUGGUCUAACCAGCUGUAGACCAAGUGGACCUAAAACAUUGCUCAAACCACAAAGCAGCCUUGAUUCUGCUGAGUGCCUGACUGGAUUAAGGUGAUGAAUCUGUACUCUCUGCCUAGCAGAGAAAAGGGUGAACCUUUUUUAGUCAAAAAUAACAUCAUUUGGAGCCUCUAAAAAUUUUAACAAUUUUCAGCAUUCAAUCAAAAUUUCUUGGCAUGUCAGAUAGAACCUGAUGACUAAAAGACAGGCAAGAGAAAAAAGAGGCAACAGAAGCAGACUCAAAAGUGACACAGACAUUAGUGUUAGCAGGCAAGUACUUUAAAAAGAUUUAUAUACUUAUGCAGAUAUAGGGGGAAAAUGGACAAAAAUAAAUGAAAAAAAUAAGAGAAUUUCACCAGAGAACUGGAAAUUAUAAAAUAAAGUAGAAAGUGUGAAUUGAACAGUAUAAAAUAGGAACUCAAUAAAUACACAAUGAGCUACCACUUCAUAUUCAUUAGAAUAGCUUAAAAAAAAAAAAAACCAAACCAAAAAUAACAACAGUACCAGAUAUUGGCAAGGAUGUAGAUUAGCUGUAACUCAUGUGUUGAUGGUUAAAGUGGAAAAAAGUGCAACCACUUUAGAAAACUGUUAUUAUUUUGUGUAAGCAUACACCCACCCUGUGACCUAGCCAUUUUACCGCUAGAUAUGUCCUCCUGAAAAAUGAAAACAUUUAUAACAGUGGCAGAAUAUAUUAUUUCCAAGUGCCCAUGGCACAUUUACCAAAAUUGAUCAUAUCCUGGGUCAUUUUUCAGAGUAUGUUCUCUGAUUAUAAUGAUACUAAGCUAGAAGUCAAUAAGCAGUACAUUUUUAAAGAAUUCUGGGUCAAAGGUAAAAUUACACUGGAAAUUAGGAAAUACUUUGAAGAGAAUCAUAAUGAUGAUAAAACAUACCAAAACUUAUCAGGUGCAUCUAAACCAGUGCUUAGAGGGAAUGUUAGAGCAGCUCUGCCUAAUUGCAAUUACCAGAAAAAGUAAAAAGGCUAAAUUCAAUGUUUUAACUUUCCAUCUUAUUCUAGAAAAAUAGCAAAUCAAGCUAGAAGAAGGAUGUCGCAGAGCAGAAAUCAAUGAAAUAGAAAAAUGCACAGUGGAGAAAAUCAACAAAGCCAAAAACUGGUUCUUUGAGAAUUUAUUUUUGCCAGGGACGUGCCACUUUUACUAAUCAGUAAAAAGAAAAGAGAGAAAACACAAGUUACCAAUAUUAGGAAUGAAAAAGGAGCCAUUACUACAGAACCUAGAGACAUUAAAUGAUAAUAAGAGAACUUUGUGGACAACUCUACACUAAAAAUUUUGAUCAUUUCGGUAAGACAAACUCCUUUAAAAAUGAAAAACUGAAAAUGGAUGCAAGAAGAAAUACAAAUCUGAAUAAUCCUUAUCACUUAAGGAAUUAAAUAGUAAAAAUCUUAGCAAAAAGAAAAAUUCAGUCUCUGAUGUCUUCAUUCCAAAUAUUCAAAGAAAAUAGUAACACUAAGUUUUAAAUAAACUAUUUUGGACAAUAGAAAACAGGGAAUACUUCUCAAAUGACUGCAGAGGCCAGCUUAAAUAGGAAAGCAACAUUACAGACCAAUUUCUUUCAUGAACAUAAAUGUAAAAAUUCCAAGAAAAAAGAUUAGCCUUUGAGGGGCACUGCUACAAGCCCCGGUUCUUGGAGCUUCUGCUAGAGCCUCCGCCUCCUGCCUGAGGACAGGUUCUUAAACACCCCUGAACUUCUCCCAACCUGUGGACCGAGUGGAGACAAACCUCUGUGCAACGAUAAUGAUGAUGGAAAAAAUAAGUACACAUUCCAAGAUGUUUAAGAAUUGUCUUUGGAUGGUGAAAAUAAAUCAUUGUUUUUUAAUUCUUCAUUUCCUAAUUUUUCAAAUUUCUCAUCAUUAGUAUAUUUGACUUCAGGAGCCUCAGCAGUAUCUGCUUUGUAAGGGGCCCCUUGCUGCUCAAUAUCCUGUUUAUUUUGCAAUAGAGAGUAAAGGACUUAAGAAAUGUUUAUGUGGUGAUCCACUAGUGAGAAUGCUUUUCCUGUGAGGUGUUUAAUAGUUCCUUUGGUACGUUUUUAUUCUCACAUGCUUUUUUGCCCCCUUGUGAUAUAUUAAGUGUUGUCCUGAAAGCAGCUUGACAAAAACUGUUGCAGUGGAACUAUGUGUUAUGUAUUUUGGAUUAAGGUAGAAGAGGCUUGGAAAAAUCCUCAUGAAGUUGUCUAGAGUACCCUUUAUGCAGGAUUCUAUUUAAAUAUCUCAAGAAUUUUUUCUGUUCUUAAUGUUCUUUAGGACUGUAAUUAUAUAAUCUCCCUGGAUAACAAUUUUAGUAUCUCAGGAAGUUCAUUCUUAAUAUCUAGACCAGAUUUGUCUUUCUAUAACCUAGUCGUUUAGCCAUGAUUAUGGUCUGAUAUGCAUCAAAAAAAACUUUCAAUUCUAUAAUACCCAUAUAUAAGCAUGUUACAGACUCGUCAACAAAGAUAGAAUGAAAAUUUAGGUCAGUUCCUUUAACUGCAGCCGAGACAUCCCUGCUGUGGGUAUUUUAUGUAUAACCUAAAUCUUCUUAUGACAUGCCUACCACAUGGCAUAGUCAGUGGGAAAUUCUCCUUUAGCUAUACCCCUGACCUUCUUUGAAAGCUUUUCUGCUUCAGGCUUUUGUUUUAUUGCCUUUUUUCUCACUGGAUAAUCUUUCUCUUCUUGGAUUUAUAUUCUUGACCCCAGAAAAAAUAUAAGGUCCCUGUCAUACAGAUGCUAUCAGAAAAUUCAAUCUGUUAUUGUUGAUAGUUUGCAAAUAAUUAAAAUUCUUUUUUUGCUCUUCCCCUAUUGCAUAAGCUAAAUCAUGUAUGCCUUUGCACGGAGGUUAUAUGAUUUAAUGCAAAGACAAAACUACUUCAGCAGCAUUCUAAAUAAAAAUACAUCUGCUCUCUAAACAGUAAUAGAUAAUAACUGCCUUCCCUCACUCAGUUGUUAUAAGGAUCAAAUGAUACGUUUCAUUCAUGCAUUUAGAAGAUAUUUAUUGAACAGCUAUUAAUUAGUAGAUAUGAUGCUAGACAUAGUGGUGCAAAAAAUGAAAGAUACGAUCUUAUUCUUUAAGGAUCUUACUAGAAAGAUUUCAUUGACUAACGUAGAAGCAGAUAAAUGAUAAUUAUAA